ACCUAUCUCUGCGUUUGUUCACCGGGAUUUACUGGAGACAAGUGUGAAUCAGGUGAAUGAGUGUAAUAAGUUUGGCAUUGCCUAUCACAUAAUCCUGUUAUCACUUCCUUCUUCGGUUUUCAAAGAGAGUUUUUUCGAAGAGCUUUAUAGCAUUUUUAAAUUAAUGAACACUCCUGAUCAAUCACGGGUUGGAGAAGGAAUAUCAAAUUGAAUUUCAUUGACUCAACGGAUCAGUAAUGAAGGUAGGUUAAUAUUUUGUAGAUUUGGACAAAUUGCUGGCUCUUUUCGCUUUGCUUGAACGUGGAUUUUUUCCAGUGCGGUGUUGUGAAGAAUGUUUCAGCCGAAAACCCACAGAGUUAACUUGUACACAGGUAUAAGAAGGUUUAGCAGUAGAAUCUCAUCUUUUUUUUUUUUUUCCGUUUAAUGACAUCGGUCAUUACCAAGAUAAGUUCGAGUUUUUGCCUUUGGACAUACAACUAAAGGCUACGGGGCAUGUUUUCUUUAAGCAUCUAUGGAUUUAAGGAUAUUCUAUAACCGCAUUUUAGCGAUGUGCCAUCAUUUAAGAUAUAAAGAAGAAAUAAAACGAAAGAAGGUCCAAGAGGUCAUCUUAUGGACAAAAGUAUUAAUAUUUCUAUAUCUAAAAUAUUGCUCCCUAAGCUGAGGCAGCUUCUAAAGGUUAUGAUCCGGAGAAUCCAGCCAUUUCAUGUGAAGAUGUCCUAUUAAACAGACCGUGAGUUUAUUCAAAUUAUUUAAAUAGAGUAGUUAAAAAAACGAAUAAAGGGUUUGGAAAAACUGAUAGUAAUCGUGCAACACGACAAUCAAGGCCAUGCGAUAAGCAGAAAAGAACACUGUACAUACUAUCAUAUCCAUGAUUUGUGUCCAAGUUGAGUUAGGCUCCAUGUCAUCCUUGGAAUACAAUGAAAAACACAAAUAUGUUUCAUUUCAGUGAAUCUAGAAGUGGUGCUUACUAUCUCAAAACAGAGAAGGGAGGGGUAGCUCACACCUAUUGUCAUAUGGAUGUUAUUCCUGGCUGUGGGGGAGGAGGAUGGACACUAGUGAUGAAGAUUGAUGGCAACAAGGUUGGUAGAAGAAAUAGUUUCUGUUUAUUUUCCUUCCCAUUUCAUACGUUGUGACAUGAUUGACGAUGUUGUUAUGAUCAUCUUCUGGAAUGAAAAAUGACCUUUUUUGGGGUUUUAGCGAGAUAUUUUGACAAUUUUCUGUUACAAAGAUAAUAGUUUGUCCAUCCUUCUUAAGUCGCCCACCGGUAAGAGUGUUCACAUUUCAUCAAAGAUCCUCUUGUUCUUUUUUAGAAAGAAUUAAAAAAAAUAACCAAAAAAAAUCAAAGUAAAAACUUGGCCUUAAAUCAUCGAAUAAUGAGGUCUAUACAUUAUCUUGUGUUUCUCCAAAGGAUACUUUCUCAUACCAUUCAAACUACUGGAGCAACAAAAACGCGUUUGGUGAAAUUUCGGGCACCGCUGGAUUUAACCACGAGGAAACAAAGAUGCCGAGCUACUGGAGUAAUAACUUCACUCAAAUUUGCCUAGGAAUGAGGGUCGGCAAUGUAACAGAAUGGCUAGUUAUCAACAAGCAAGCAAGCUCAUUGCAUUCAUUGGUCGCAGACAACAACUACAAACCGACAAGCCUUGGCCGAGAUAAGUGGAAAUCGCUUAUAGAUGAAUCCUCUCUUCAGCUGAAAUGCAACAAGGAAGGUUUCAAUGUGAAGUGUCCGACUGCAAGAGACCACUCGGCUUUUACUAGAAUUGGGAUUAUCAGCAACAACGAAGAACAUUGCAAUUCCUGCGACUCAAGGAUUGGAAUUGGCUCGGGUGGCACUAGAGGCGGAAUGGAUGGUACCAAUUCAUGUGGAAACGAGGCAAUCGCUUUCAAAUCAGACAACGGAGAGAAGCACAUUAAAGCCAACUGCUACAUCCUUAUUAAAUAA